GCACGUCUGCCUUCUGCCAUCGCCGUCCAGCCAGCGGCAAGGCCGAAGUACAUGUUUGUGUUUCAGAAGUCGAAUUCGUUGCUUGUACCUUUUAUUGGGAAUGAUAGCCAAACACACGUGAACUAAGCUCCUGAGAAGUGUCUCUCCUAUCUAUUCGUGCUGUCAGCUUCGUACGAUCGAAGUUCAGAAUGUGUUCUUCGCUUGGUAGACACGGGCAUGCACUACUUACACAAUUUUCAGUGGUCCACAGCUCAAGCAUUCGUCAUUUAAUGAGAGCAGUUCAAAUUCAUCAAUUUGGAGGUCCAGAGGUUUUACAAGUUAAUAAUGUUGAAGUACCUGAGGAGAAGGAAAAUGAAGUUUUAGUAGAAGUGAAACGUUGUGGUAUAAAUCCAGUAGAUGUUUAUACAAGAGAGGGAGGGUUUGCUGUUUUACCGACACUACCCCUUAUCCUGGGAAAAGAGGUAUCUGGUGUAGUCGUUAGAAAAGGGAGAAAUGUGACAAAAUUUAAGGAAGGAGACAGAGUAUAUUGUUGUUUACCAUGGAAUGGUGGUUAUGCUGAAAAUGUAGUUUGUUCCCAAGAUCAUACUUUUAUACUGUCAAAUAAACUGUCUUUUUCACAAGGGGCUGGAAUGUAUGUUCCAUAUUUUACGGCAUAUCGAGCAUUGGUCAUCAAAUGUCAGAUGAAAAAAGGUGAGAAAGUUCUUGUUCAUGGUGCAAGUGGUGCCGUUGGUAUAGCAGCUGUUCAGCUUGCAAAACAGACAGGUCUGUGUGUAGUUGGCACUGCUGGUACAGAAGCAGGACUCGAAAUAGUAAAGAAAGCAGGUGCUGACUAUGUUUUCAACCAUAGAGAAGAAGACCAUCUAAAGAAGGCAUAUGAAAUAACUGAAGGCAAAGGUUUUGAUGUUCUGCUCGAAAAUAUGGCCCAUGUCAAUCUGGGAAAUGACCUGAUGGUUUUAAGUCAAAAAGCAAGAUUAGCGGUUGUGGGUUCCCGCAAUGAGGUGACGAUUGUGCCUAGGCACCUGAUAUAUACGGAGGCUAUGGUUGUUGGUAUCAAGUUACUAGCCAAUACUCAGGAAGAGAUGCAAGAAAUAGGAAAUGUUUUAUUAAAAGGAGCAGAUGAAGGUUGGGUUAAUCCCAUAGUAGAUAGAGAAUUUGAUCUCGACAGUGCCAAGGAAGCUCACAAUCUGAUGAUUUCUAACAGAGGAGCUAGAGGAAAACUUAUAUUCAAAACUUGAUUUUGUACAUUAAAAUGCAAUUCUAAAUUAAAUGUAUGAAAAAAAUAAUAA